CUCUGUUACUAUUAUAUUCGAAUCUGAGCUAAUGUCAUUAUUUGUGUAGUACAACUCUACGAACCGUUAUGGUAAACCACUAAUGUUAUAAAAUACCUCACAUGUUUCAUAGCUGUUUCAUUUGGACACAUUUGCUAACAAAGACAAAGCGAGUAAGUGAUGGGAAGCACUAUUAUGGCUUGUGGUUCCAAGGCUUUUGUGACAUUUCUAAUUUUAAGCUGGUCUACAAAAGGUCAUGCUGACAUUGCAUGUAGGAAUGAUGAUGGACAACCUGUGGAUUGGUUUAUAGCAUAUAAGUUGCCUGGAAGAGCAAAAGGAAACCUUAAGGGGCUACAGUACUUGUACAUGGACCCAUCUACAAAUGGUUGGACAACUGGAAAAUAUCUUAUCAAUGAUACUAGAAAUGCAGUGGCACAGACUUUGCUACCACUUUAUAAAAACCCUACUUAUGAGAAUGAAGAUUUUGGGUAUCUUGUCUACAAUGAUCAACCUCCAAGGAAUAUGAGUAUAACUGGUCAUAGAGAAACGGAGGAAGAGCUGCCCGUCAGUGCAUCAUAUGGACACAGUAAAGGAGUCAUCCUACUUGAUACAAAAACAGGCAUCUGGUUAAUACAUAGCACACCAAAAUUUCCUGCCCAAAAGAACUACACCUGGCCUUCCAAUGCAGUCCGCAAUGGUCAGUCAUUCAUAUGUGUCACCUAUCCAUAUGAUCAGUUUAAGGAUAUUGGUGAACAGCUCAGAUAUAUCCAUCCAUACUGCUAUUACUGUUCUUUACCUGAGACAUAUCCAGCAAGUCUACAGUGUGCUGCCUCCGCAGGGUGCUAUCCUAACUAUCCGCCAUGGCAAAGACAGGUCUCCUUGAUGACUGUGGGACAAAACAAGUUUGUCAGUUUUGCAAAGUAUUCCAGAUUUGGAGAUGAUCUCUACUCUGGCUGGCUGGCAAAUGCAUUAAGAGACAAUCUGCUUGUUGAAAGUUGGGUAAAAGUACGAGGCCGUCUUCCAACCAACUGCUCCAUGAAAUACCAUGUGUAUAAUGUGAAAGAAAUCCAGAUACACAAGGAUAUAAAAUUCAAGUCAACCACUGAUCAUUCUAAAUGGUGCAUUACUGAAGGCCAAGAGAAAUGGACUUGUAUUGGUGGUUUAAACAGAAAUAAGAAAGCAAGUCGUAGAGGUGGUGGGGUCAUAUGCACAGACAACUCACUUGUGUGGAAAAUAUUUCAAAGUUCAGUCAAAGUGAAAGAGCCAUGUCCAUGAUUACAUUGCUGUAAAAUUUUCAAAAUGUAAUUCAUUACUGUACAAGUGAAAAAUAUAAUUAUUUUGUAUGUUAAUUUAAGCAAGCUUAGUAAUCAUAUGCCAUUGUUACUUAAAUCUUAGGAAUAUAAUAACAAAGUUUUCAGCUUUGUCACAAGUAUAUAGUAUGGCAAUGACUACUUUAAUGUACUACCAGGCACUACAGCUAUAGUAAUUGUAUCAGCAAUGACACUGGCAGCAUAUGCACUAGAGGUAACAGUAGCAUUAAUAGUAGCAUACUGAAUUUGUAGUAUUAGUAGUAAUAGUAUCAAUAUUAGUAGUAACAGCAGUAGUUUUAUAUAGGGCUUUUCCACAGAAUUAUAAUCAUUAGACUUGAUCAGCAUCAGCUUUCAUCAAAUGCACAUAAACAAGCCAAAAAAAGAAUAGAAAAGAUAAAGAAAUAAGUAAACCCAGAAUAAUGCAACUCCAAAAAGCUCUUCAGUUAGUAUUAACACUUUAAUUGCUCUUAAAAUCCACAAGGUGACUACUUCAACCUGAUUAUAAAAUAACACACAAAUAUUUUAUACAGUAAAAUCUAAGCAACCAUGUAAUUUGAAAAAAAAACCACAAUCAAAAUGCUAUAAAACAUUUUAAACACACUUAAAUACGUUACAUUCUUCAAAUGAUUGCUGUAUGCAACAAUAAUAAAGAAUAGCAAUGACAUAUAACCUCAUCUUUUCUUCCCAAUAGGUUUGUCUUAAUUUGCAUUGGAAGCAUGUCUUAUUGACUUAUGUGCUUCCAAAUUAAAUAGCUUCUCAUAUUCCAUGUACUCUGAUGUCUCCUGCCUAAUGCCAUCUCUGACAUCUUCACUUACACAGCCUAGAACAAAGAAUAAUUUGCUUUCUAAAUCUGUACAACUUGAUGUAUUUGCAUCUGGGGCAAGGGUCUAUAUUACAAGCAGAAAAAUGUUUCUGAACAAAUACAGAAACAGCGACACAUAUUCAUCGAAUCGCAUUUAAGCAAUUCGAUGAAUAUGUCAUAGGGCAAGGAGGUAGUUGGCCAACUUCACAGUUGCCCUUUCCUUUCCUAUAGUGCGAUCUCAGAGUUGGUAUAUUUAGCUAAGGGGGUGUGGGAGGCAGAGCACCCCAUGUUGGGGGGCGUGGGAGGAUCAAGCCCCCUACCUGUUUAUGGUGUUAAAUUAUUUUUUUUAGCGAACGGCCAUGCAAGUUUAUUCCCUAGGGAAAAAUUUGCUUAUGUGGCCAUUUGCUAUUUUUAGGUUUCGUGCAUUAUGUGUCGAAUUUUAAGUAUUCGCACAUAUGUACUUUCGGUCUCAUAAUAUAGACCCCCAGGGAAAUGAUUACACUCUUGUGUUUAAUAGUACUUGUGUUCAAACAUUCAGUUUCUAAGUUCCCUAGCUGUCUUCUCUACAUAAAAAGAGUCCUAGGUAGAACAAAAUGUCAUGUAUAUACUAAAUCCCCAAUAUAUUUUCUUUCACUUGACCAGACCAUGCCAUUAUGAGAAAAUCUAGCAUUCCCCACACUAGAAUGAGAUUUAUUCCUAGUAUGCAUUUAUUAAAAAAUAAAUAUGCUAUCGCUAAAUAAAUCAACUACAUGGUCCUACUUUGCCUCACUAGUGGUGUGAGGUAGUGUUGUGUGCU